CACAAAAUUUUCAUAUUUAAAAAAAAAAAAACAAAUUUUUUUAUUGUUAUUUGGACGCUACUACAUUUCCAGGAUGAUUUUAGAUUUGAAGUAUCUUUUGUUACUUUCGAGUCAAAAUAAUCAAAAGAAACAUUUUCGUAAGCGUAUAAGUGUGGCCAAGAAAAGUUUCAUCAUCGAAUAUGAGUUAAAAGGAAAAUGUCUUGUUCUCAAAAAUAUUCAAGCUGUGCCAAAAAAGUCAAAGUACAAAUAUCUUAUUAAAAAUCUGGUAGUUGCGAAACAUCAACUGCCUAAACUAAUGAAAGAAAAGGAAACUCAAACACCAAUUACAGGUAAGAAUAUGAAUUCUGAGAUAGAUUUGAGUUUGUACAAGUAUAAGGAUAAAAUCACACAAACACCGUCAAGCUCCACUGUCAACAAGCCAUAUCGUAUGGGUCUCUUAGAAAAGUGUUGGAAAGCAAAGCCUCCUAAAAGUGACAUGAAAAGUAAAUUUGGUUCAAAAAAAAAGAGUUCCAAAACGUUGGAUUGCAUUUUCAGGAGUGCUGACAAAACAGUGGAACUGAAAACUAUUGAAACGCAAACGGAUGACCAAGAUUACGAGAAUCAUUUAUUAGUUGAAAAAAAUCAGUUGAAGUGUUACUUGGGUUCGAUGAAAGACUUAAUCUUCAAUCAAAAUCAGUUGAUCCAUAACAGUUCCACAAUGUUAUCAAAAAUGUCAGAACUCGCUCAGCUGUGCAUUACAAACCAAACUGAGAAAGCCCCUAAGGAACAUGAAACAAUUUCACAGCUUCUGCUCGAAAGUGUUUGUAGAAAAAGUAAAACCAGGAUGCAUAAAAGUCUCACCAGAAACACUGUUCAGAGUAAAAAAAUUUCCCAAACGAUGUUUAAACUAAACACAAGCAAGAAUCUAUACCGUUGACUGCCAUCGAAAUAAAUACCCGUGAGAAGCUUUUAAUAUUAAAAACUAUUUUUUCUUAAUAGCCCAUUGAAAUUAAAAUUAUAGUCCUCGAAAAUUUUAGAAUGAAAUGACAAUAAAUAACAAUUUAAUAAA